AUGGAUCGUACUGAACAUAUUACAUCAUCAAAAAUAGAACAAGGAAAUAAACAAUUCAUUUCUCCAUCAUCUCCUAUUAAAAAUAUUGAUCUGAAUGCUACAAAUACACCAGAUUCUCCUGAACCACAUGGUAUUGGCAAAAGUCCAUUGAUAUCAAUGAUGCCAAGUGGAACAAAACGAAGUGAAAAGCACAAAGUAGAAACUCGAACUGAUCAAACAAACACAAGAAGUAUAUCAUCAAAUUCCACUAUACAACAGCAGCAUUCAUUUAAGAAUAUUUUCUGUUUUAUGACCGAAAAAUUUUAG